AAACCCAUCCACAAAGGUCAGGCGCAGCCAAAACCCCAAUUCAGAUCACCUCACCUCACCUCUCUCUUCUUCGAAUGCUGCUCUCUAACCUUCUCCAGAUUGCCGAAUUCCUUUGACUGCUAGGCUCUGUUGCGGUCUUCUUUCCAGAAUUACUUCUGUUGCUUUUCUGUAGUGACUUGUACUGAUCUUCUUGUUUGGCAUUAAUGGGUUUAUUUCUAAUUAGUUCUCUCUGGUUCUGAUUAACAGGUAGUGGGAGAAAAUUUCGGUAGGGAAUUUGAGAUAUAGUCAAUUGGGUUCUCGUUCUCUUGAAAAUAGUAAGGUUAUUUUAAUAAUGGCGACCGCUUUGUUGCCCCAUUUCACACCUACUGAUACUCGAACUCCAAUCGGAAUCCUAACUGUUCUUGGGAAAAGGGUUUCCGUAGAAAGUCAUUGUGGAAGAUUAGGCGCCCCGAAAGUGUUUGAUGAAAGGAAUGGGAUUUUAGGCUCUAGUCAAAAGUGUGUUCCCUAUUCUCCUCUGGUCAAAUGUUCGUCCAACUCCCACAGUGUCAAUAAUUAUCACAGUAAGGACCCAUUUCUGAAUCUACAUCCGGAGAUAUCGAUGCUUAGAGGUGAGGGCAACACCACAUCAACUAAUCCAAGAAAAGAUGGCCAUAGUGGAAAUGUCACGGAAAGCUUAAGAGAUUCAACAAGUUUGAGUAACUACAAUGAAGCCAAGAUCAAAGUUAUUGGUGUUGGAGGUGGUGGGUCAAAUGCAGUUAAUCGAAUGAUCGAGAGUGCAAUGACAGGCGUGGAGUUCUGGAUUGUUAACACGGAUGUUCAGGCCAUGAGAAUGUCGCCUGUGUUUUCUGAGCACCGGUUACAAAUAGGUCAAGAGCUUACCAGAGGACUUGGUGCUGGUGGGAAUCCAGAAAUCGGCAUGAAUGCUGCCAAAGAAAGCAAGGAAACAAUAGAAGAGGCAGUUUAUGGUGCAGAUAUGGUCUUUGUCACGGCUGGAAUGGGUGGAGGAACUGGCACUGGUGGGGCUCCUAUAAUAGCAGGGAUUGCAAAAUCGAUGGGUAUCUUAACUGUUGGUAUUGUAACAACUCCUUUCUCUUUUGAGGGAAGAAGGAGAGCAGUUCAAGCACAAGAAGGAAUUGCAGCUUUGAGAGAAAACGUUGACACGCUGAUUGUCAUUCCAAAUGACAAGUUAUUGACUGCAGUUUCGCCAUCUACCCCAGUCACAGAAGCAUUUAACCUGGCUGAUGAUAUUCUUCGACAAGGUGUUCGUGGUAUCUCUGACAUAAUUAUGAUACCAGGGCUAGUUAAUGUGGAUUUUGCUGAUGUUCGAGCUAUUAUGGAAAAUGCAGGUUCUUCAUUAAUGGGAAUAGGAACUGCAACUGGGAAGAGUAGAGCCAGAGAUGCUGCAUUAAAUGCUAUUCAAUCACCUUUAUUGGAUAUUGGCAUAGAAAGGGCUACUGGAAUUGUAUGGAAUAUAACUGGUGGUAGUGAUUUAACUUUGUUUGAGGUAAAUGCUGCAGCAGAGGUUAUCUAUGACCUUGUGGAUCCUAGUGCCAAUUUAAUAUUUGGAGCAGUGAUAGAUCCGUCAAUCAGUGGUCAGGUCAGUAUCACUCUAAUUGCCACUGGGUUCAAACGCCAAGAAGAAAGUGAUGGAAGGCCUCUCCAGGCAAGUCAGCUAGCACAAGGAGAUGUUACUCUUGGAGCCAACCGACGACCUUCCUUGUUCAACGAAGGUGGUUCUGUGGAGAUCCCCGAGUUUCUGAGGAAGAAAGGCCGUUCUCGCUAUCCUCGAGCUUAAAUUGCUCUCAUACUUCCUUCCAUCCUGUGAGUAUUGUUCAGUGAGACUCAGUAGUUCCAGAGGAAGAAAGGGCAAUCUGGCUAUAUCAAAGACCUUAAAUUAGUUCCCUCUAGUAUACCUUUUUUCGAGUUGGGCCCCUUUGAUCUUGCUUUUCUGGGAACUAAGCCGUUCUCCGGUAGGUACAAGACUGUCCGUAUAGUGCCUAAUAACAAGGUUGUAUAUGUGGUUUGUACCUUGAAUGCUCAAGACAGAAACAUGUUACGAAGUCUUUUCCCCAAUCUGAAUGAAAUAGAGAGGCUUCUAAGAA